AUGCCUGUGCGGCCGGUGUAUGAGUGGGAGCAGACGGAGGAGGAGGUGCUGCUGCGCGUGACGAUCAAAGGGUUCAAGCAGGAGGCGAUCGACGUGUUCCUCUCGGAUGUCUGGGUGAAGGUCAACGCGGCGCCCACGUACCUCCUCCAGCUCGACCUCCUGCACCCCAUCGACGCGGCGCGGUCGACGUACCACAUGGACCCGGAGGACCGCACGUGUCUGCGCCUGCGCCUCCGCAAGCAGGCGGCCGGCGCGUGGCCGGAGCUUUGCAUUCGCGCGGACGAGUGCGACGCGGCCGCCGUUCGCGAGCGCCGCGCCACCGCGACGAAGCGGGCGGAGGAGGACUACAACCGCCGCCUGCAGGAGCGGGCGGGGAAGCGGGCGGAGGAGCGGCGGCGCAUGACGGAGGAGCAGUGGGAGGUGGAAAAGGCGCAGCGGCGGCUUAUCGAGGGCCGCGUGGCGGAGGAGCGGGAGACGGCCGAGGCCGACCUCUACGCGUGGGAGGAGGCGCGGCAGCGGCAGGCCCCGACCUCCCCGGCGGAUGUCGCCGUGCCGCAGGCGGCGAAGGUGGAGGAGGCCGCCGCGCCGUGUGUGCGGCACCACGACACCGUUGUUGUCCCCGUAGAAUUCACGCCAAAGCUCGCGGCAAUGCCGACGCGCUCACGCGGGGAGGAGGAGUACUACCGUCGAAGUCGGUACAGGCCAACCCGCAUAGAAGACAGCCCAAUGUUCUGGAAGGAGCGCGCUGACAAGCACUACCAGCACCAGGAAUGGCAGGCGGCGGCGGACGCCUACACGGAGUCCAUCAAGCGCGAUGGCGCAUUUUUGACGUGUGUGUCAAACCGUGCCGCCUGCUUUAUACACUUAUUUGAGUACAAGCGCGCCAUUGAGGACUGUACGCUGGCCUUGACGAUGCUGUCAAAUACUCCGGCAAGCGAGCUGACGCAGGAACGUUACCGGUAUCUCAUGAUGAAGCUUCACGCCCGGCGAGGGGCGGCGUACUGCUGGGGGCGCUGCUGCGAGAAGGGCGUUGAGGAUUUCCGCAUCGCCUCCGCGUACUGUAAUCCGGAGGAGGACAGCGACGUGCUGGCGGACUACCAACUCGUGGAAAAGUACAUGAAGGAGCGGGGUUUACUAGAGACGAAGGAUCCGUUGGAGGACAAGUUGCGAGAGGCAUCUACCUUGUACUACCGAGGCAAAUACGCUGAGGCUGCGGCGGUGUACCGCGACGUGCUGCAGGCGAACCCGUACGACGUGGGGGCGCGCAACAACUUGAGUGCCGCCCUGCUGCAGCAGGGACUGUUUAAGGAGGUGCUGGAGGAGACCGCACGGGUGCUGAGCUUCUGCCACGAGGUUGCGGACGCGCUGAGUUGCCCUGGGGCACUCUCCACGAACCUGGUGGACAGCGACGACGACGACGACGUGGCUGCGGCGGGGGACGAGGCUGCGGACGAGAUGGUGCGGCAGCGGAAUGCCGCGGCGCGAAAAGUGGGCGAGCGGAGCGGGCAUGUGUACGCGCUGCUGAAGGCCUGUGUGCGGGGUGCGGCGGCGCACUGCGGGCUCAAGGACUACCGCAAUGCCCUGCAGCUGCUCGAACAGGCGGUGCGCAUCACACCGUACGACGACGAUCUUCAGGAGGAUUACAACCGUGUAGCGGAGAAGCUGCAGAUGGAAACGCUCGUGGCCGCCUCAACGGCGGGAUCGCAGCGGAGCUGCGGGAAGAGCUGA